GCCACCUCGAAGAAAAAGGAGAAAGAAGGACACGUCAAAUGUCCGCGUGGACAUGAUAGUUAAGUCUAUGUAGAUAUGUGUAGAAAAUAAUUACAUUGAGAGUAGCGGAAAAUAGUGUGACGUGCAUCUUAACCCACAUAUCUCCUGACCAGCUCUUGACAUCGCUGAUACCCUUCAGUUCCCUCACCCCAAGUAAAUGGAAAUAUGUCUACUUUCUUAUAAACUUUACUCUGGUAUUUAAUUCCGCCCAGAUUGUCUGAUCCACACGUCAUUGAAUCGCCUAUUAUUGUUCUUACGAUAAUUUAAAUUGAUUUAUACUAUCAAGGCAGUGUGUUAUCAUCGAUAAACAAAUAAAUUAUUCAAAAAUAUUUUUUUUAACCAUUCAAAGUUAUGCGAACGUACCUACCGGAGACAAUUAUUAGUUAAAAAUUAAAAAUUAAUUGUCCAUCCGGCUGUCAGUAUGAACAAUCCAUAUCGUGCAAGACUGGGCAGACAGCGCGUAGAUCACACUGGGACUGCAGCAGUACCGAGUUAUGGAGCACGAAAUCAAAAUUCAUGGCCUACGAUGCCCAGUAAUCAGACCCAGCAAGUUCUAGGGGGAGUUAAUCAAACAAAUAGCGCUGAAGAUUCUUGGGAGUGGGGAACAGAAACUGCUGACAAUGGUAACGAUUCGUGGAACUGGAAUAUUGAUCAAUCCGCGGAGCAAUCAGGUCAAUUACAUCCUCAGCAGCAACCACCGGCGCACGUGUCAAAUUAUGGGAAUAUGAGACAUCAAAAUUUAGUGCAAGAUAAUUAUUAUUCAAAUAUAAAUGGAAAUAGACAAAUGGCUGGUCAACAUCAACUGCCGCAAGAAACUGGUGGAAACGUGGUGCCAACUGGUCCGAGCAGAGAACCAACUCCUAGUCAAUCGGAUUCAUAUUCUCAGUAUAAAAAUUUUUCAGUAAAUCCGAAGCAGCAAAUGCCCCCGAGAACAAAUUCAACAAACCCGGGAGUUAUUGAUAAUCAAAAUGUCCAAGCUCAGUGGCAAGCCAAUCAGCAGCACGAUCAUUUCAAUCCUUAUCCUCCACCAAGAGCAUCACCGUUUGAUCAACCAGCUCAGACUCCGCAGUUUACUUCAAAUGCUUACAGUUGGAAUGGAGAUCAGACGAAUACUGGAGGUCAUAAUUGGCAGAAUCAAGCUGCGGAACCAUUUUGGCAGGAGAAAAAUUCUAAUAAGAAGGAAGAGUAUCAUGCUGAUGAUAACAGUGGACCGUGGGUGACACAUGAUCAGUUUAAUAAACCACUGCUUCAACCGUUGCCAAAAAAUUUAGCUAAAGAAAUGCCCGGACAGUGGCAGCAUGAUAAUCAUCAUGAAACAAAUAAAAUUAAGUUACACAGCCAGGAUACUGUUCCACCUAAUCAAUGGCAUGAUGAUAAUCAUGAUAACAGAUUAGUAGAACCACAAAAUCAGUUUAUACAAAACCACCCUCAUCAACCAGAUAAUUUUAAUGCCAAUCAAUCCUGGCAGCCGGUUAAUCUCCAACAAAAUAUUGGGGCAAACCAGCCUGAGGUAGAUGCUAAUAAAUUAACAGAUGUCAAUUUAGAUAGUUCUGUAGUAGAGAAUAAACCUUUGCAUGAUUGGCAUGCUGAACCUUCAAUGAGUUAUCCGACAUCAGUAGCUAGCUUACCAGAACCAACUAAUCCAAUUACUAAAGCAGAUAAUUCUCGGCAUGAUGAGCAAAAUAUUUCUGUAUUCACUCCACAAACAACUCAAGCAGCUCCUAUUCCUGAUACCACCAGCAGUUUAUUUCUACCACAGAAUUCAGGAAUUGAAUCUCAAGCUACUGAUCGCGGUCACGAAAAUUUAGAAUCCAGCUUUAGUGUUGAUAGUUCAAUCAAAAAUGAUACUAUGAAUGACAUUACAUCAAGUGUCAAACAAUUAAAUAUCGAUGAUAAAGAUUCUGCUAAUUCUCAUCAGUAUGAAAAUCACCCAGCACUAUUUCCGGUUCACUCGAUGCCUCAAUCAGUGGAUCAAUGGCCUAACCAGUCUUUGCAAUCAGCUCAAUCGGUUAUUAAUAAACCUUCAGAACCAGCAGUCUUGUCUAGUCAGCAUCUUGCUCAACCACUAGCUUCACCACAAGAACACUUUGCACCACCUCCAUUAGCAUCGUCUGAAACUAGACCACGUGGACUCUUCGAUCAUACUGAAUCUACACAGCCGGCCAUUCAAUCUCAUGAACACGCUGUACCGCCAGAGCCAAUAAUUCAAUCACACGAGUACACUGGCCCGCCUCAAACGACUAUUCCAUCGCCUUAUUAUCAUCAAGAACAUCCUGGCAUAUUUACCAGCCAUCAAGCAACACCUGUGAUGAAUGCACCUGAUGCUGCUGGAUCACCAGGUCUCACAAUGCACCCAACUGUUCAAAAAACUAUUCCACAUAAUCCGUCUCUAGAUUCAAUUACUAUGAAGCCUUAUCCUGUAAAUGCUCCUGAGAAUUUACAAAUGCCUACUGAAGCUCCCAAGCAAAUAAUUCCUGGUGAAAUCAGAGGUAUACCAGUUACUCAAACUGGGUAUGAUCAGUGGUACAACCAGAAGACAGUGGUAACAAGUCCACCGCAAAAUCCUCAGUAUCAAAACACUGAAAAAAGUCAUCCGAUGCAACAGCAAAAACCCUGGCCAUCAGUAGAACCAGCAGACAAUUAUGAACCAAGUAAACCUGCUGGUGAAUUUACUAGCGCUGAUGCUAAGACAUUAGAGUACGAGUCCAAGGCUCAAGAGCUACUGAAUGUCGUUGAAAAAUUGGGCGCUGAAAAAGGCAAAGCGAGUGCUUAUAAUCCAGUUGUCAGAACUUCAGUGGAGCAAACUGUUAGUCAACAGAUAAAUCCUGUAGAAGUUCAUCCGGUUAACCAACAAAUUCAACCUCAGCAUGACCAAACAUCUGAAAAUUAUGAAUUUGCGUCUAAUGAUAGAAAUACAUUCCUCGAAACUGGUGAGUUGACGGAUUUACAUCACGAGCAAGGUAUUACGUCGUCAAAUCACGAUGAAGAGAAUGAUGAAGUGCCAAGUGAUAUUCCAUUUUUACGAGAAGUACCAGGACAAUCAAGUUAUGGAGAUCCACGACGUAAUGAUCCAACUGGUCAAGAGCAAUAUGUGCAGUCCAGUCCUCGUAUUAUGGAUUCUAGAAGAAAUCCUGCAGAGCAAACUCUCAAUCCACAGGGUCGAUCUAUAGCUAUAACUUCAGCAGCUGAUCGCACAGAACGUCGUGAUGUUCCUCCGGGUCAAGAGAGACGAGAAAGUAGACUACCGUCACGUGAUACUGACACACCUGAACGUAGAAAUGACCCAUCAGGAAGGGAGAGAUCACUUCCACCUUCGCAAUCACGAAACGAUCCUUCGGGCGAGGAGAGAAUUAAAUCUCAAAGUCAAAUAAACUUGGAACCAGCUGAAAUACGUCAAGUACCUGGUAGUGGAAUAGAUUCCGUCGAGCCGACUCCCUCUGCUGAAGUGAUGCGUCAAAUAACUGGAGGUGUUUCUCGCAAUGAACAAGUUAUUACAGAUGACAGUAACGCAAGAGUUGUAACUGGAUCCCAACAAGUUCCACCAUCAGCUACCGGCAUGCAGGAUUUGCCGCAGCCAAAUGAAACCAGAAACAAACGCGAAGAAGCUGUUGGUGCUUCAAUAGAAAAUCCUCUUGCUGUAACUGCGUCUCCUAAACGUCGGGAUUCUUAUCAAGACGGCGAUGACGAGGAGUCUGGAAAUAGUCGGGAUGAAAACCGUGAGAGACGUCGUGAUCAAAGUCCUACUGAUAGACGUCGUUACGAUUAUGAUCAUAAAGGUGACAGAAGUUAUUACGACCGUGAUCGUGAGUAUGAUGAUGAUUAUUAUUAUGAAAGAAGGCGUGGGCAUGAUUACGAACGCGCUUACAAUUCACGUGAGGAUUUAGAUAGACGUGACGCGUCAUUCAGAGAAGGAGAUCGCCGUCAUUUGAGUCGCGAUGAUCUAGAUGACCGCAGAAAGCUUAAGGAUGAUGACAGAAGAGGGCAUCGCAGUGACGUUGAUCCGAGACGUCGCGAUGCCAGGGAUUAUGAACCAUCUAGAUAUCCGCGUGAUCCGAGGGCCCGAGAUUACGAUCGCAGGGAUGAAAGACGUAGACGUUAUGAUGAUUAUGAUCCACGAGACCCUAGAGAUCCUAGAGAUCCAAGAGAUCCUAGAGAUCCAAGAGAUCCUCGACGUGAUUAUUACGAUGAUCCGUAUGCGCGCAGCUCGAGGCCUUCCAGCAGAUCUUCUUACAACGACCGAGAUCGCGACUACUACGGACGUCCAAGGGAUCCUUACUACGCAUACAAUGGCUACGGUGCUUAUGAUUAUGGAAGUAAUUAUAACAAUAAUUAUUACGCGUAUUUAGAAAAUCUACGCAGGACUAAUCCUACAGCAUACAUGGAGUGGUACAAUAAAUAUUACGGAAAUCAGCAGCAUGGUAUUAAUAAUGUUGCUCGUGGGGUUCAAAAUUAUCCAGAGGACCGAGCUAGUGUUCAUUCUGGAAGAAGUUCUUGUGAUGACAGGGCAAACAGUGGAAAACAUACAAUUGGAGAUAUUUCUUUAUUAGAAGAUUCAAGAAUUGCUUCGAGACUCACUCCGACUAAAUUCUCAACAUCACAUGUUCAAGGAUCUUUUUCGAUUGGUUCAUUAGUUCAAGUCCAUGCGAGUUAUCCUGCCGAUGGAGAGCGCGCUCGAGUUGACAUUCUUCAACUAGAAAGUUUGUUGAUGCACGAUUCAGUAGCCCGUGAAAUUCGUUCUUAUCCAGGGCCAUUAGUAAAGGGCGUUACACAUAAAAAGACAAUUAUUGAGUAUUGCGAAGCCAAAAUAAAAAAAGCGGCAGUAAAUGAUGAACUUGUUGAUCAUCCGUCUUAUAUUUUAUUGUAUCAACUUAUGAUUAUGCUCAUUCAACAGAACGGCAACGUCGUUGGUGUAGACAUCGCUACAUUAUUGCUACGUAACAAAGAAGUGUAUCCUUACGAGGCUCAAAAAUCAAAUGACAAACCGAUACGUCGUGAGUCAACAAUUUCCCAACGAUCUGGUGGAGCUGGGAGAGAAGGGUCAGUCCACGAAGACGCGGUACAAGAAAUAGAAGAAAUAAAACCUGUGAAAACAGUCGAGCAAAUAACAAACGAAUUUAGAAACACGUUGCUCAGUGGUUUAGUUCAAGAAGCUCUGGAGUAUGCGAUGACUGAAGGCCUCUGGGGUCAUGCACUUUUCCUCGCAAGUAAACUAGACAAACGUACACAUGCCUCCGUCAUGACACGUUUUGCCAACAGUCUACCGGCCCAAGAUCCUCUUCAGACUUUGUACCAACUUCACUCGGGUCGCGUACCAGCGAGCGUAACUUGUGUAGCUGACAGUAAGUGGGACGACUGGCGUCCGCACUUAGCCAUGAUUAUAUCAAACACUUCAGCAAAUCCAGAAAUAAAUCGUCGCGCAAUAUCAACUCUCGGUGACACACUGACAGCACGUGGUGAUAUUCAUGCAGCUCACUUCUGUUACAUUCUCGCUCAAAUUGAUUUUGGAAUUCACGGUACACCCGGUGUUAAGCUCGUGCUCAUUGGAUCAAAUCAUCACAAACCUUAUGCUGAAUUUGCUACACUCGAAGCAGUCGUACUUACCGAAAUUUAUGAGUAUGCAAGAAAUUUAAGUGAGCCAGGUUUUACAAUAGUCGGGUUGCAGACAUUUAAAUUUGAAAUCGCUCAAAAAAUGGUUGAUUACGGCUUGAUUGAAAAAGCGUUACUUUAUCUUGAACAAAUUGCCGUCAAUAUUGUCCAAGAACCAUCAAAGUAUAAAGUAUCGUUUAUCAAUAACGUUUAUACACUGAGUGAGAGAAUAAAGUUUCAUGACCCGGUGUUCAAAGAUUGCAUCGAAGAUGUCGGGACGUUAACUUGGCUCAAUAAUUUAAGCGACAUCGUCGGUCGUUGUCAGACAGGUGAAAUAGUGCAAGAGCUCAAUAAUGGACGUUCAGACGCACCAAGUGUCACACAUGAUCACGAACGUGACAUUCCUCAGCAGUGGAAUUAUUCCGGAAAUCAGCAGGAUUAUUCAAAUGCUCCCGUCUCUAUGAUGGAAGUUCCUACCGUUGACACUAAUCAAGACGCAUGGCAACCUAUGUCUCUCCCUAAUAUACAAGAGUCUUACAGUGCUGAUCAAAAUGUACAGUACGGUCAGAAUGUUGACACCAACCAGUACCAGCAGCAGCAACAGCCGCAGCAGCAACAAUCCCAACAGGAGUAUUGGAAUCAGCAGACUUACAAUCAAGAGUACACCAGAGAUUACAAUACUGCUGACUGGCAACAGCAGUCGAGUCACAUGCAGUAUAAUUCUGAGCAAACUGAUGUUGAUUCUGCUCCAGCUCCUGGAUGGAACUACGAGCCGCAGUCGCAGCCCCAGAUAUCCAUGGCCCCGUCUACUAAACAAUACGAUCCGCUAGAAGAUCUUGAUACCCUGGAAUCUCCAAAUGAACAUGGGAAAUUGUCGAGUGAAAAUAAAAAGCAGCAUGACAAACAGCCGGAAAAGAAGACCGCGAAUUCUGGUGGGUCCUGGUUCGGUGGAUUGUUCAGUAAACUCACUCCGAAACCCAAGAACCAAAUGAUCUUGCCGGAUGACAGCAACCCGACGAUUGUAUGGGAUCCAGUUGCCAAAAAGUGGACUAACAAAGAUGAGAAUGGAGACAGUGGAUCCUCGCGUUUAGCGCCACCGCCAAAAAUAACAGAAAUGAACUUACCCAAAAUUCCUGAACAAAUUCAAAAACCUCCAUCUAUUCCUGAACAACCAAUUCCUGCUAAUCAAAACCAACACAGUCUCGAUUCAUCGACCCCCAAUUCAUCUAAAAUGAUCGCCGGAAGUAAUAAUAUGUUUAAGUUACAAAAAUCAAGAAGUAUGCGCGCCAAUUAUAUCGAUGUUAUGAAUCCCGGAGGAGUUAAAACUAACGGACCGCCUUCUAAUCUUCCGACACCAGCUAGCUCGCCUAUGAUGCCCAUGGCCGCUUCGUCACCUCAACUUUUUGUCCCAGCUCCAGUUAAUGAUCCAAAUGCUCCAGUAGAUUUUUUAACACCAGUUCCAGCGGCAGCUCCUCAAAAUGAACAAGCGAAUCAGGGUCUCUCUCGGUGGAGCUCGACUAGUUCACUAUCUCGCGAGGUACAGAGUUACACCAUGAGGGAUCCGCACCUUCACCAACGGAUCAAGGGACCAAUGAUGUAUAAUCCAGCCGACGUAACAGAUAAUUCAGCAGUUAAUGUUUCAAAGAAUAGAUACCCGAGGCGAUGAAACAAUAGGAAAUAAAUUGUAAUACACGAUUUUUAUUAAUGAUUAAUCAUUAAUAAUAAUAGAAAAAUUAUUAAUGAUAUUAAUUACUAAGUAAUUUAAAUAAAAUAUAAUUACGAUGAAGGGGAAAAAUAUGUAAUUUAGGGACGUUGAUUAUUUUUUAAAGUAAUUUCUUCAUAAUGGCGUUUAAUGUUUGAUAUAAAGCAUGCAAAAAAUUAUUGAUAUUAAAUAUCUAUGGAAAAUAUUUAUAAUUUUUUGUACUGCGUAUACUUGAUAAGUAUUUUUUUUUUUUUUGUAAUAACGCAAAGAAUUUAUAUAUUGUAGUAAAUAUUCAGAGUAACUGAGAAUUGAUAAAUAAUUCAAAGUCUGAUUUUAUAAUCUUGCGCAGAAUUGCAAUUAUGUCUGUCGUAGAAAAUAUUGAUUAGUUUUUUUAAAUAAUUAUUCGUCUUUUUGCGCAACUCAUUGUAAUAUUUAAUGAUAUAAAUUUUAAUAAUUGUCACUGUCAUCGAAUUUAUUGAGUAAAACAAAGUGUGCAUUUUUUGUUCGUUAUCAGAAGACACUCAAUGUUUCUUCAUUAAAACAAAACAAAAAAGUUUUAAGAUUUUUGAAAUUGAAUUAAUUAGCGGGACAUCAACUAGAUUUAAAAUUUUUUGUUUUUCAUUAAUAAUAAGUAAUUAAUUGCAUUCCAUUACUUCUUACGGAUAGUUUAUGUAAAUACUGGGAUUGUUCUCUUUUUUUUUGUCUUGCAUUUUUAACACUUGACCUAAAAUUUGACAGUAAAUUAUUUGUAUAUAAAUUUGUGUUUAAAUUAUCUUAUAAUUGAAUUUUGUUCUGUUCUAAAUAUUUAUUUUUUCAAUAACAAUGUCAUUGUUUUGAACACUUAUCUGUUGUUACUUAUAAUAAAACAGUAAAUGCCGCAGUAGUAAAAGAUAAUUGUGCAAUUAAUGGCCAUGUUAAUUAUGCUAUUGAAGAUUUAAAAAGAAAUAUUGUAAUGAAAAUUUAUGUUAUAUAUUUCUUAAUAUAAAAAUAAAUAAAUAUUAUUGUAACAUAUGAAUUCAACAUAUAUUUAAAGGGAAUGAAUAUAUAUAUAUAUAAACUUA